CACAUGCAUACAUGGACCGGUGUUUUUGGUUUCCAACCUCUUGAGGAAUCAGACAAAAAAGAAAUGAAGUCUAUAAACAUGUUAGUGUUUCCCGGUACAGAUAUGUUACAGAAGCGUCUUGUGAAGCAAGAAGCCGUGGAUGGAAAAAUUGUUGCCAACUCAGGUGCGAAGAACGUUGAAUUGAAAGAAAAUCAUCCACCACCUGAUUUGAUAGAAAAGUCUGACAUGGAGUCCUCUUCCAAGCAUCAUUGCCACAGUCGUGAUGAUACUGGAGUGCACCAUGUGAAUAGGAUCAACGAAAAAGUUGCUAAGGAUUCUGGUUCACAAGCCCCAAGUGUUCUUUUGUAUGAUGGAACUGUAAUGGUUAGUUCUUUGAAUAGUUCUAGUGAAUCUAAACAUUUCUCUAGCAAGGAGGCUACAUCCUGCUCUGCCAUUCUUGAAAUGGAACACACUCCUCUGGUGAAAGAUAAUAUUCAGUCUUCUGCAGCAGUUGUCAUGGGUGAUGCUCACGAAGUAAAUGCCAAAACUCCUUUUGUUGAAUCUGUUCUUGAUUCUGUAAGCGGAACUUCUGCGAGGAGUGUAGCUGAGGAGGCCAAUGGAAAUCAGAAUCCUGUUUCUGUUUCUACAAUUUGUGCCACUCAUGAGAGUACCCUGCAAUCUACCUUUGAGCUGAAUCAAGACAGUACAGUUGAAAUGGAAAGCAAGUUGCAUGUGACUUCAGAGGUUGGUUCUAAUGCAGAAGUUACACCUGGUGAAGGUAAUAUUCAGUCUUUUGUGAAGGGUUCUGAGGGUGAUGCUCAUGAAGUGAAUGUGAAAGAUGCUUCUGUUGAACCAGUAUUCAAAGCAUUGUUAGAAACUUCUGUGCAGAGUACUACAGAAAAGUCUGCAGGACUUGUUUCUGAUGUUGAAGUUGCUACUGAUGCAAAAGCUGCUCCAAUUGAAGGGAUGUUUCUGCACAGAGUAGUACUGAAGAAAUUGAAGAAUACCAUUAUCUUGUGUGCUCACCACCUUUGGUUUACUUGA